UAUGAGAUGCAACCUUUUUGCCCUAGCAGUGCAUUACUUUUAUUUUUCUUGGAGGAAUCUUGGUUAGGACUUUUACACCAUGUUUGUGGUGAACAUACAUGGGCCGAAUCAUCAUGUAGUCAUGAACCUGAGACAGAGUCCAACACAAAAUACCUAAGAAAAUCAUCAAAGGCCAUGGAAGCCUUAAGGAAGAUUGUUUUGGAUGCCAAGUGGCUUAAGACCCUACAUUUUUAUGUAAAAUUCAGACAUACCGGUGACCUUGAAAGCUUCAACAGUAUGAUGACCAAAUACUUACCAAAGAGAAUGGCAUUUGAGUAUCAAUACUUCAUCAUGAGGACUCUUCUAGCAGCAAUCGACCACAACAUGCAUUUAUUCCGUAAACCAAAAGAGAGUAAACAAGGACAGAUUCUUGGACACAGAAAAUUCUCAAAAAGAACACAGAGAUUCCAUGCAGAGGUUGUGAAGGAAGAGAAGCAAUACAAAUACUUCCCUUGUCUGGCAGCCAAAAUGUUGCAUGUAAGGGCUAAAUUCAAAGGCAGUUUUUCAGCAAAGGCAGAUACUGAUGAAUUCAAUCCUAAACAUAUUUUCCCUACUAUUGGCAUGGUUCCAGCACCAUCAACACAAGAACUACUGAAGGCACCAUCAAGAUUCAAAGCAAAUGUGCAAGGACCUGAUUCUGAGAAUCAAAUUGAAGGAGAAAAAAUCACAACAGAAGAAGAUGCUCCAAUUUCAUUGUAGUUCGUGUAUAAAUAACACUUCAACUUUAUU